UUGCGCGGAAGAACUUGGCCUGAACGGGCGGCUGUUUAAGACUCAAACCCAGCCGAAUUAUAGAUAACGGGAUAUAAAACCUUUAUUUAUACAUUCAUUUUGCAUUGUGGUUGUUAUAUCAAAACACCACCUGAAGGCCCAGCGGAACCGACAUCAUGUCUGGAGCAGGAGAUUUCGGGAAUCCGCUCCGCAAAUUCAAGCUGGUGUUUCUGGGAGAACAGAGCGUGGGAAAGACAUCAUUGAUUACCAGAUUUAUGUAUGACAGUUUCGACAACACCUACCAGGCCACAAUAGGAAUUGAUUUCUUGUCCAAAACAAUGUAUCUUGAGGACAGAACAAUCAGACUGCAGCUCUGGGACACAGCAGGACAGGAGCGUUUCCGUAGCCUUAUUCCCAGCUACAUCAGAGAUUCUGCUGCUGCUGUUGUAGUUUACGACAUCACAAAUGUCAACUCAUUCCAGCAGACCACCAAAUGGAUUGAUGAUGUCCGAACAGAGAGAGGAGGUGAUGUCAUCAUUAUGUUGGUGGGAAACAAAACAGAUCUUGCAGAUAAAAGGCAAGUUGCUAUUGAGGAAGGAGAAAGGAAGGCCAAAGAACUGAAUGUAAUGUUUAUUGAAACUAGCGCUAAAGCGGGAUACAAUGUUAAACAGCUGUUCCGACGUGUAGCAGCAGCUCUUCCUGGUAUGGAAAGCACACAGGACAAGAGCCGAGAGGACAUGAUUGACAUAAAAUUGGAAAAGCCUCCAGAACAACCUGUCAACGAAGGCGGCUGUUCCUGCUAAAGGCCAAAACUCUUUUCUGUGCCGCGUCUUUUCUUGAUGCCCUUUCAGAUGCUCUCUCAGCAUCUCUGGAUGUUCUGCACAGAUGCACCGCCCACCCGGAGGAAGUAGAACACUACCUGUCUGUCAACCUUGUUUCCGUGGUUACUGCCGACCCACUCAAAUGACUCUAAAUCCAAAAGCAAAACAUCUCUGUGAACGUUUUUGCUUUUUCUAUUAAUUAAUUGUUUCCGUUAUUCUUGCACCUUUUGUGGUGUUUUUGUUGACACUCGAAACACUUUUUGUAAAGUGUUGUUUGUGUUUAUGCUUCUGCAUCUGCAGAGAUCCACAUUUUGUUUAAUGUAAAUUAAAAUAAUACUUCUAUUAAUGUAACCAUGAUGUGAAUAGGAACAAAUUGAGCUAAAUAAAUAAUAAAUACACAACUAAUCUGGACAUAAUAUCUAGAUUCAAAUAUGUGAGACAUAGCCACUACAUUCUCAGUGCAGAGAUAGACAAAAUGUUUACAGCGUGUUUUGGGACUAUCCAAGUUUAGAUUUUAUACAUGCGGCUGUGUUCAAUCCGUUAAAGAUGCAAUGUUUCGUCUUGAGACAUGAGAAAGGAAAGUGUAGAAACCGAUGAUAAGUUUAGGAAAGCUGAUUUUAGCUUUCUAUUCCUUUAAAGCAUCUGGUUUCUAUCGGCUGUUUUUCUUUAUCUUGGAUGCCAUUUUUAUCAAGAUUAUUAUCUUUUUGAUUUUGAAAAUUAGAAAGCUUAUAGCUUAGUCUUAAAGAAAAAACGUUACUACAAAGACAUAUUGAGGGAUUUAUCAGAUCCAGUUUAGCAGAUAAUAUGCAGACAUGCCUUGAGGGUUUUGUUUUAUUGGGCUUCCACUGGCUUUGUUUUGUUGAUUAGUAAUGUAAAGUUUGAUUUGUGAUAAACUAGAUGUAGCUUGUUUUUCUUUAUGAUUUGUUGAAUCGAUCACGAACGCUACUAUUUAUAUGUUUUCUGUCUGGUUUUAUUUUUGAACACUGUAUAGUUUGCAUACUGUAAAUCAUAAAUAUAGACAUGUUAGAUAUUCUGGCCCAAAACAGCUGCUUAUUUUAAACAUACUCUGAUAUGUUUCUCAAGUUGUUCUAAUCUGAUCGAAUCCUUUUUAAGUUUUGACAGAUGCAGUUUGUGUUUUCUUUUUCAUUUCUUUCCACCAGAGAACCUUCAAAAUCGUUUCGUAAAGCUGUCUGAUGAGUUUCAGAUGGAUUUUAACCUGAACUGUUGUGAUUGACACAUACACUAACUAUUUGCACUGCUAAAACUCAACUCCUUAUUCAGAGUCAACUAUAAUAAAAUUCUGUUAAGCAUCUACAA